AUCAAGGUAAUGUUGUCCGCAGGUUGAUCAAGGGAGGUGAGGAGAUGCGGCUGGUCAAGAGGAUGAAGCCGGAGUACGGUGGCGGCCUCAUGGAGUUGUCGCAUGCGGAGCUGGGCAUCUUCCAGGGCGUGGAGGAUGGGGCCACCUUCUUCAGCACUAUGGAACGUCAGGUCAUCGUUCUACACAUUCUCAACUCUCUCAGGGCGGCCCAGAACGAGGCAGUGGAAGGCACCAGCUUCAGGGAGGGCCAGGCUAUCAUUCCCAAGUUUGAGUCAGAAGGGGUGAUCCACGGCAUCCUUCCCCUGCACGACUACAAGAAGCUGGAGCACCUCAGAGCCACCUGGGUACAGACCUUCUUCAGGUACCAACCCAUAGAGGCGAUCCAGGAGUACUUCGGGUCCAAGAUCGCCAUCUACUUCGCCUGGUUGGGGCACUACACCACCGCCCUAACCGUCCCCGCUGUCAUCGGCCUCAUCUUCUGGGUGUGUCUGUGGGGGCGUGACCAGGCACUAGAGGACAAAGGUUUCGUGCUGUUUGCCUUCUUGAACGUGGUGUGGGCGUCCAUGUGGUUGGAGGGGUGGAAGAGACACAGCGCCGUCUUGGCUUACAACUGGGGGACGCUUGACUCUCACGUGGAGGUCUUCUCGGAGUCCAGGCCGCACUUCACGAUGGAAACGGGGGACUUGAAGGUGAGCAGCGUGACGGGCCGCCUGGAGCCUGAGUACCCGGCCUGGCGGCGUAACCUCAUCCGCUACCUCGUCACCCUCCCCAUCGUCUUCUGCUCUUUAUUCGCCGUCUUCAUCGUCAUGCUGCUCAUCCUCCAGCUACAGGACCUGUGUGACGCCUUCAUCUCGGCGCACGAGUACACCUUCUACCUGUCGUACGCUCCCAAAAUCCUGAUGGCCCUCACCAUCUCCGCCUUCGACGAGGGUUACACUAAGGUGGCCGUCUGGCUCAACGAUAUGGAGAACUACCGGGUGGAGGAGACGUAUCAGAACCACCUCAUCAUCAAGCUGGCCGUGUUCCGGUUCGUUAACUCGUUCCUGUCGCUGUUCUACAUCGCCUUCUACCUGCAGGACAUGGAGCGUCUCAAGGAGCAAUUGGCGGCACUGCUGCUGACGAGACAGGUUGUGGGCAACAUCAGAGAGUCGUGUAUCCCGUACCUGAUGGAGCAGUUCAAGCUGGCUAAACUAAGCUUUGACCUGUACGGUGCACUGUCCCCCUCUGAGGAGACCAAGCAGCAAGACUGGCCCCAGGAAAACCCACCCCAGUCAGCAGGAGACACACAGAUUCCGGAAGAGAAAGAGGAGGAGUCGAGUCCGGAGAGUGCGCCCAACAGCAACAAAGUGACACCAACGGCCCCGUCUGGCGAGGAGGCAGUGAGCAGCACCGACCCGUUUCUGGCUCGCGGCAGCAGCAAGAAUCGCAUCGUCAGCCAAGCUGAGGUGGAGUGUAACAUGUCCAGAUACGAGGGAACGUUUGAGGACUACCUGGAAAUGUUCAUCCAGUUCGGCUACGUGACGCUCUUCUCCUCCGCCUUCCCGCUGGCCGCCAUGUGCGCCUUUCUCAACAACCUCAUCGAAAUCCGCUCAGAUGCCUUCAAACUCUGUUGCGUCUUCCAGAGGCCCUUCAGCGACCGUGCCCAGAGCAUUGGUGUGUGGCAGGACGCCAUGGAACUGAUGGGAGUACUGAGCAUCAUGGUCAACUGCAUGCUGAUUGGUCUGUCUGGCCAAGUGCACCGCAUGUUCCCUGAGAUGUCAAUAGCUCACACCAUCCUCCUCAUCAUCGUCCUCGAGCACGCCAUGAUCGCGUUGAAGUACGGCAUCAGUUACGCCAUCCCGGACAUCCCAGAGUGGAUCGCGACAGAGAUGGCCAAGGUGGAGUUCCAGCGCCGGGAGGCUCUACGUCGCCUCUCUACCUCCAAUUCCCCCCCAACCCGAGAGGACUCACAGCCUCCCUCUCCUCGCAGGUACUUGUUUGGGCAUACGAUAACGUCAACAGAGUAUGUGGAUAGCAGUGCCCAGACGGACAUUAUGUAUUCCAGGAGGAGAUCCUUCAAGACAUCUCCCACCAGCACCAUAGACGAGGAUGACGUUCACUCUCCAGCGGAGUCGAGCAGCCAGAGAGGAAGUCUAAGUGAAGGGACGGCAGAGAUGGGAGACAUCGACGAGAAGGGAGAAGACGGGAUGACAUACCGUGAGCUGGAUGAAGCGAGAAUACGACCAAUCGUACGACUAGGGCGGAGCGUCUCUGAUUGUGAACGAGUCCGCCACCGUGUACCACGCAUCAACAGAGCGAUGAAACAAGAAAGUAAUGAAUCCAAUGACUCGGAGGAAGAUUUAAUAACAACAAAACAGUUUGACAGUCUGCCAAUGCUGUCAGCCCCGGCAGCCUUUGAUAAAAAAAACAGAUUGUUUAGGUUUUCCCCGGACAAUGAAAAUGCAAUCGGGCAGAUAAAGCCCAGAUCUCGGCUUCUCGAGAAACCUGACUUUUCCCACGGACAAUAUGCUCAAUUCUCUUCGCGGUCAGUCGAGUGUGUGUUAGACGCCACAGGGCAUGGCCGCUUCACUGACGACUCCACUGGCCACAUCAGUGAGGAGGGCACCCCUGAAAACAGCGUGGCCAGUCGGACACCAACGCCUCCCCCAACUGAGGAACGCAAGAAGGCGACUCACCCUCCUGUUACUCCUCGGGCCGAGGCACCAACGCCACCACACGCUGUCAACGAGCCCAAGGAACUUGUAAUCCGAAAGAAACCGCCCAUGAAGUUCCUUAAGCGUGCGCAGAGUUUGUCGUACGUGUUCAAACGCAAUACUGCUAAACCAGAGAAGAAAAAGAAAGUAAUACGCGACGACUACGCCGCGUUGACCUCAACGAGAGAACCUCAAGGAGAGAUGGCGCUCGUGCCUCUGGAGAAGUUGGUUCAGAUCGACGACAUCCAGAUGCAGCCGUCACUCUCCAGCUAUAACGUGAACGGCGACUAACACUCCCCUUCCUCACCCCGGCGAACAUUCAUCAUGAUUUAGCUGUAGAGUUAAUCACAACUAUAAGCAUAAGUGUUUGUGUUAGGGCUGCCUGCCUGGCUGUCUAGUGGACGGUGAAGGAACAAAAAUGAACCGUGAAAACAUCUAUCUGGCAUAAUAGUGAGUGCAGUUAAUACUAUCCUGCACUGUCCAUAUCUUCUGCAUAAUUACUAUUCAUGUCAUAUCUAAAUCUUAGAUUGGAAUAGUAGUCGACCCAGAGAUCGAUAGUGUUUUCUAUGUUAUGGAUGGAUAAGCCUUUCAGAUCACUGGCGCUUGUAACAAGUGAGUGUGCGUGAAGCUGCCAGAUAAAAUGUGUGGACGUGUGGACGUUCUUGGCUGGUUACGUGUGUGUGUGUGUGCGUGUCUACAUACAUGCACCGCACACUGCCGGUCCGUACAGAGAUCGCACAUACAUCUAUAUCGCCUCUGGUGUUGCCUUACAAAGUUCUGUUGCUCUUUUACAACAAUAGUUUCCAAGUCAUUGUGUAGGUGUGUGUGAGUGUGUGUUAGUGCGUGAGUGUGUGUGACAGCGUGUGAGUGUAUUUACGAGUAAGCUUCCAUAGCUUGCUAAGGCUUGUACAUGUUUUCAAUAUUAUUUAUUUACAACAGUGUGUUAGGUGUGGGUGCGCGUAUGUGAGGUGACAAAAUAUUCAAAUAUGAAGAUAAAUAUAAGAUAAUAUAUGUGCUCGUCGAUCUUCGCAAACACUCUUUUCAUCUAUAUCCUGUGUGUGACUCUAUACAUCACAUCUCCGCUACUCCCCUACACGCUGUGUUUUCUACCAGAUGAUCCUGACUCUUGGUGUGAGGUGUCCCAGCAUGCAUGGUACUGUACAGUAGAUGCCAGAUAACCUUAGGACAGUUAACACACUCAAAAUGGAAGUUGGGAUAUCAGCAUUUAUCUUCUCAUUGACCUUUCAUAUUUUCAUGUGAUAUAUUAUUUUUUUCGUUGUUUUAAGACAUAAGGUGCAACUUACGUUUAUAAAACUAUAACGAGUGUAAAACAAUGGCUGUGUACAAAUUGUUUUAGUAACCGUUACACUCAGCAAGACGGAGGUGGAGCUACUGGUGAGAGCAUCAGUGGUGCUCCAAACUUUACAACCACAUGAAUUAACACAAACUUUUUAUGAGUUAAAGAUUUAUUUACCUCCAAAAGAGUAUAAUAUUGUACACAAAGCAAUGGAAAUUGUUGACUGAAAACCUAAUACAAAAUAGAAAAGUGAA